GAAAGGAAAAAAAGAACAUGAAAAUCCACUUCCCGUUUCUCUAAUCCGUUCUUAUUGUUAUUGUCUUCCCCCUUUCUUCCGAGAAUAGUAAUUUCCGAUUUCUUCUAUAUUCUCGGUAAAAUUCUUCGGUAAUUGGGAAGCUUGGUGGCUCCUCUACAUUUUCUUCCUAAACCUCCGUUUUGUAGACACAACUCAUGACUUCGGGUGAUCCAUCAAUGGCAUUACUGGCUGCAAGUGCUGGAGAUACUGUAAAACUGUUUGAUGUUUCUGCUUAUUCCAACGAUCUGGGCGAUCCGUGCACUUUGAGCUACACUCCCUCGCCGGGUUACCAAGUCAAUUCAGUGAAGUGGAAUCAUACAAAUUUGGUUGUGGCCAGUGCCGGCGACGAUAAGAAGAUCUCCCUGUGGCGGAAGAAUGGUCAGAGCAUGGGAACCAUUCCAAUUGCUGGUAGUGACGGUGGAGAUAACAUAGAGGAAUCCAUAUUUUCUAUAAGUUUCAGCAACAAGGUUUCCAGGUAUAUGUGUACUGGAGGGAGUGGUCAUGUUGUAAGAAUAUGGGAUUUGCAGAGAAAACGAUGUAUAAAAUGGUUGAGAGGACAUACCAAUACUAUAACAGGAGCUAUGUACAAUUGUAAAGAUGAGCACCUUGCUUCAAUCAGUCUUAGUGGGGAUCUUUUACUUCACAAUCUUGCAUCUGGUGCAAGGGCUGCUGAACUUAAAGACCCUAAUGAACAGGUAUUGAGGGUGCUCGACUAUUCUCGUAUUAGCAGACAUCUUUUGGUGACUGCAGGUGACGAUGGAACUGUACAUCUAUGGGACACAACUGGCCGUAACCCUAAGGUUUCUUGGCAGAAACAACAUUCUGCACCAACUGCUGGAAUUAGCUUCUCACCAUCUAAUGAUAAGACUCUUGCUAGUGUUGGGCUCGAUAAGAAGUUGUACACUUACGACUCGGGAUCAAGGAGACCAUCUUCUUUCAUUGCUUAUGAGGCACCUUUCUCAUCAAUGGCUUUCAGAGAUGAUGGUUUGAUACUUGCUGCUGGAACAAGCAAUGGGCGUGUGGUUUUCUAUGAUGUUCGUGGGAAACCAGAGCCUUACAUUGUUCUUCGUGCUUAUAGUAGCUCAGAGGCAGUUACAAGUAUAUCAUGGCAGAGGUUAAAACCUGUAAUUGUAAAUGAAGGCAAUUGCACUGCUGACGUUGCUCUUUUGGGAGGUGCUAUUGAAGAUUCAAUUCUCAUGCCUGACCCACUUCCGUCUGUGACUACAUCCACCGUUGCUCUGUCCACAACAACAUCCAGUUCUCGAAAUCCUGGCCAUUCAGGUCUAACUUUUGAAGCUUCACUAACAGAAACUUCCAGCACAAUCUCAACUGCAGAGGAAACGCCACAUCGUAGCCAUUUGCGGCCAGGGGGAAGCUUAACCAGGUUACAUGCUCCUCGCUCCAAUUACAACUUCAAGGAUGAUAUGGAGGUUUUUUCUCCCCUUGUGGAUGUUCAGCCAAUCACACCUUCACUGGAUAAGCUGUGGGAUGAUCAAAAUGGACUGAAGAAGGACCAUCCAUUUGACAAGAAACCUCUACCUUUGUUGUUUCCUUCAUCAAGUAGGAGGUUCUCUUCUAUUGAGGAUGGGCCAAGUGAUCAUCCAAUAUUUAAUUGGAAAUCUUCAUCUUCCAAACAGGAUGAUUCUCGAUCUUCUUCUGCUCAAUUGGGUUCCACUCCUGCUCCUACCUUGAAUUCUAAGAAUGAAGACUCAUCUAUUACUCCUCCGGAAGCUUGGGGCGGCGAGAAAUUAUCUGAUAAAUUUGCCCAACUGAGGCAGCCAGCGACUUUACCAUCGCGUUUUGGGAUGUUGGCUUCAAGUUCAAAUAGUCAGACAUCAAGUUCAAUGAUUUCUGGAUUACAAGAUCCGUCAUCAUCAAUUAGCCAAAGCAGCAUCACUUCUUUGACAAAUUUGAAUUUCAGCUACCCAAAUAUGCGCACAAAAGAUGUAAUCUCACAAGAAGUUUCGUUGUCAAUUCCUGAACACUUUUCUACUACUGCUGCAUCUUUGUCUCUUGGCACCAGAGGAACCAUUGGACUGAGCAACCAAGAUUCACCUAGAACCACAACUAUGACCCUGCCUCGUAGAUUUUCUACAUAUGCAGAGAGGUUAAGCACUACGUCAUCUUUCAGUGAUGGGCUUCCAGUAGGCGUAGGCUCACCGAAAACAAAGAAAAUGGGUUCUGAGACUAGGGAAGAAGUUUUGAAUAACCUAUCAAAGUUUGAUACAUUAUCUGUCACAGAAUCAGGGAUUCUUCCUGCAAUGAACGGAGGGCCGUUGCAACAACAGAAGGCAUUGCAGACAGAUGCCCAACAAGGAAAUUCAUUUACACUUCAGCUUUUUCAACGCACUUUGGAAGAAACUCUGGACUCCUUUCAGAGAUCCAUACAUGACGACAUGAGGAACCUUCAUUUAGAGAUUCUGAGACAGUUUCAUAUGCAGGAGAUGGAAAUGUCAAGUGUGACGAGUUCCAUGCUGAAAAAUCAAGCAGAGCUGAUAAAAGAGGUGAAGUCUCUAAGGAAAGAAAACCAGCAGCUUCGAAAUUUACUUGGAUCUUAGGAGUUCAAUGGGUGAAAUUGGGUUACAAUCCGGACUUAUCUUCCUUUCAGCGUUGUAAUCGGCCAUUUUGUUGCUUCCAUCCGCAGGUGAAUGGUUUUCAUUUCUUUGAACCUGUACAGAAAUAUGAUUUUCAGCUCUCAUCAAAUGAAUAUUGUAUUUCUUAGCCUAUAUAUAACCACUGAGUGUAUAAUUUAACAGAGAUAGUAGAUGCAUUUCUGUGAGUUUUUUGGAUGCAUCCUCGUCCACAUCCACCGAAAUAUGAAACUUUACUAACCGGUAAUCUAACAUAUCAUUAAGUGA